AUGUCCACACAGUUCCAGAUCUUGGGAGACAGCCUCAUUCCAGUGCUGGGAACGGAUGUGACCAUGAACCGCGGUGCCUCCUUGUCUACUUUCACGGCAGGGCCCUUCCCUCCACCCAUUCCUGGCGCCCAGCACCGGCCACCCUGGCAGCAGCACCUGCCACGUCCCAUCACCCCAGCAUUCCCUCCUGGCAGCAGCCUGCUGCUGCCAGCUUUCCCCAGGACGCCUAUGGUGGCUAAUGGUGGCCGUGGCCCCAGUGCCCCUGGGGCUUGCAACCUCACUGUCCAAGUCAGGUCACAAGGGAGGACAGUGGAGGCCCCCCAGACUCAGACCUUUGUCGUUACUCAGGCCCCCCUCACCUGGAGCGCUCCAGGGGCCCUCAGCAGGAGUGCCGCAUGUCCUGCACCCGUAUUCAUAGCAACCCCUGUGAUGGGGACCGUUGUGACUGCUUCAGCUGUUGGAGUUAGUCAGGCUGGCAAGGGAGGCUGGACCCCAGGCUUUCCUCCUCAAGCUCCACCACCAGCUGCCCAGCCGGCCCCUAUCAUUCGCCCAGUGAACCCUGGGCCAUGGCCACAUGGCACUUCCAGGGAGGGCCGCCUGGCCACCAACCAGUCCAACGCCUCGCAGGAUGGCUCCUCUAACACCAAGAGCGAGUACAGUAACUUCCUACGUUGGCAGCACGUCAAGCCCCUGGCCCGGAGACACUUUUGCCUGAGUCCUGAUGCAGAAGCUUUUUCCUGCUUUCUCAUCCCAGUGCUUCGAUCCCUGGCCCACCUGAAUCCCACCAUGCCGCUGGAGGAGGGACUGCGGAGGGCCGUGCAGGAAUGGCGGCGCAGGAGCAACCUUGACCGGAUGAUCUACUACGAGACGGCGCAAAAGUUCAUGGAAUUUGCGGCCGAGGAGGAGAUGCACAUUCAGAAUUUGCAGUGGAUGCAGGACCUGCCUCCUCCAGCCCCACCGAAGCUGGAUCCUCGGGGGCCCCCAGCCCCGAAAGUGGGCCUUCAGCCAGGCACCCAGGUUCCCACUGGAGCUGAAGGCACAGCCUGUGCUCCCAGGAUGUCCGGCCGCAGGGCCCAGCCCUCGCACCCGAAGCCACACAGAUCCCAGGGGAACCCGGAGCCCAAGGCGCCCAAGGAGAUUCCCCCUGAGGCUGUGAGGGAGGAUGUGGACAGGAUGGAGGCGCUGGUGGGGCCCGUCCACUCAGCCCCAGGCAAGUCAGAUGAAGAAUGUGGAAAGGACGGAAAUGAGCUGAAGCAGGAAGAGGACGACACCUACUUGGACCCGUGUCUCUUGAGCUACACUGACGAGCUGCGUUCCCGGGAACACUCUGUCACCAAGGUGGAGGCAGUCAUUCACCCUCUAGUCCCGGCAGAAUUGUCUUCCCCAGACCCACAGCUGGAUCUCUCGGCCCUUGCUGAGGAGCUGAAGCAGGAGGAAGGACUCACCCCUGAAGAACUGGUGCAGAAACGACUCCUGGCCUUGAAAGAGGACGAGGGUGGGCCGGCAGCCCCGAGCCACAGUGCACCCGGAAUGGGCUCAAGUCCUUCUGAGUCCCACGCUGGCCAAGGUGCCCAGAGGCACGACCAAGACCGCCAUCGAGGGGUCAGUGAUGAAGCCUGCCCACCAGAGAUUGAUUUUGAGGCUCUUCAUAGGCCCAACCGAGCAGACACUGGCCCGUUCGGGCCCAAAGUCUUUGUUCCCUCUCGAGGACGUCAGGAGGUCUCUCCAUCCCGGGCCGGGCGGCCCUCCUCUCCCCAGGGUCAAAGACGCACUGGCCCUCGACUGGGACGCAGGGAUGCGUCUCUUCUCAGAGAGGCGUCUCCUGUUCGGGAGGCCCGAGGGCCCAGGGACGUGGCCAGUGAGGACGAGGAGGCGUUCCCCAGCCUGGCCUCCCUCUUGGCCUCUCUGCCCAGCCUGCCGCCUUGCCGGCUGUCCCAGAGUCCUGCCCCUGCUUCAGGCCUGGCCUCCCCUGGAGGUUGGGGGGCCCAGAGUGCUCCCCAGGCCCCCUCCCCUCAGAGAAGGGGCCUCAGCCCAGCUCCACCAGCCGCUCCCAAGUCGAGGAAGCGGGCUCUGGGUGGGCGCCCAGCCGCUGCUGAGAAGCUGCCCAUCCCCGGGGCUGCCCACGGGGUCUCUGCGAGGCCAGCCUUGGCUCUGGGGCUGGCUCGCCCCUCACAGCCGGGAAAGAGAAAGCGUGACCCGUUUGUCAUAGGGAAGAGGAGGAACAGGAAGAGGAAGCGCUGCAGCCAGUAGGGAACAGCCGGGCCGGCCCUCCAGGGCGAGCCCCCCAGGGCGGCCCCCAGGGGAGCCUAGGGGCUCCUCCUCACCCCAGAGCUGAUCCUGGGAUUGUGGGGGGUUAGGGAGGUGGGGGAGGUGGGUGUGGGCAGGACCUUUGGAGUGAUGUAUGAAAAUUGUGAAUAAAGAUAGUUUUGGUGGGAAAUGCUCUCAGGCCACUGUUAUCUUGUUCGUGUGGAGCUGCUCCACAGAGAGCGAUCCUGAGAGGAAGGAAGGGUGAGGGAGGUCACAGGAGCUAUGGAUCUACAGGUGGCCAAACCUUUCCUCCACAUAGACAAGGACUCCUCAGGCUGCCCCUGGGAACGCACAGCUCUCACUUUCCCCAGGGACCCCCUCAUCAUCCCCUUCUCUAAAGCCUGCUUGGCUAGGGGCCUUCUGGGGCAUCUGUAGCAUCUUCUGCAUCCCUGAACCGUCUGGGGAGGGAGAGCUGCUUUUGUGCCUCUCAGCCCUCUGGACACUAACCAGUUUCUAGGACGGAGCCUGGAGACAGCCCUUGUCUUUAUGGAGCUUCUCUCUGCUUCCCUGAAGUGGCCAGACGAUGGCGCUGGGGUGACCCUCCGCUCAUCCAGGGUUUCCUGUGUGGGUGGCCUGACCAGAGAGGAAAAGUCUUGGCCAUGGGGACAGGACUGUCUGCCUGGUCGUAGCGGGAGCGUUCUCUAGUCCCACUGGGAUUACUGCAAUGUGGAGCGUGGUUGAGGCAGCUACCUCUUAAUCCCAAUGAGGAUGCAAUAAGGGGAAUGGGCAGAGGGAAAUUCAUGGGGCACCUGUUACAGGUGUGUAUAAGGGUAGUGACAGUGGGGCCCCUUGGUGGGACUUGUGGGAUUUCUGUGCAGCAGCAUCUCUUUCAACUGAGGGAGGAGGACCCAUCUGGCUGUGGCUGUGGGGACUGGCCUUAGGGGCCUAGGGGUGUGCAAAGACACCCCAGAACUACUGUCCCUUCCCUUUCCACCCAUGGCUGGUCAUGUGUGUGUAUUGGUAUCAACACUGAUUUGUAUUGCCAUAGAAAACAGUUCCUCCUGACAAACUAUGACCGUGUUUCACAAGAACAGCUUGCUCACAGGGGCA